ACAAAGCCGCACGGCUCCGGUUGGAUCAUAAACAGUUUGGGUUUUGUGACCGUACCAAGUGUUGGCGCGCCUCCAGUGGCCCCGUGCGGAGAAAAGUUUUGCCUGGAUCUUGUAUCCCUCGCCCCUCGCUCGAGUGCUCUUACAUCAAAAACGGAUAAGAGGAUCCAGGAAAAAGCUAAAUUCCGGCGCAAUUGAGAGCAGAACUUGCCGAAGGAAGGGCACUGGAUAGAUAAUUAGUGUUGCCCAUCCCGGAAGCACAAAAGAAGAAGCGACAGUCAUGAAACACUUUUGGAUGCUGGGCCUGCUGGCCCUGAUGCUUCUGGUGUCCUUCAGUUCGGCCGACAAAAAGGAAGAAUCCUUCGAGGAAGGCGGAGGCAGCGAGCACGGCGAAGAUCAUCACGGCAAGAAGGGCGAUAAAGAGGACAAGGGCUACAAAUCAAAACACGGCGUAGAGAAGAAGGAAAAGGGUGACCACGCCAAGGAGGAGCACGCAUCACACUACGGCGAAGAGGGCGGUCACAAAAAGGAAAGCCACGAGGAAGGUGACGAGUACAAGAAACAUCACGAGGAGAAAAAGGGUUCCAAACAUGGCAAGCACGGUCACAAAAAGGGACACAAGAAGGGCUCGAAGACCACCGGGUACCACAAGAAAUCGCACAAGGAUGACUACCAUAAGGAGCACAAGUUCUACGACGAUCACCACAAGGAAGGCAAGCACAAGAAGUACGGCGACUUCAACGAGCAUCACUCGAAGCACGCCGACGAGCACAAGAAGGGAGACCACCACGAGUCCGCCCACAAGGAGGAUCACUACGCCAAGAAGGGCCACUCGGACAAGGGCCACCACGAUGAGGACCACAAGGGCUGGAAGAAGAAGCACGGCCAUGAGUCACACUUCGCCCAUAAGGACGAUUAUGGUAAGAAGGGUGGCAAGAGCGGUGGCAGUGAGCAUGGAUUCAAGAAGGGCGGCGGCCACUAGCGGAGGCCGGGCGACGAUGGUGAUCGUGUUCGAUGGCUGUUUUGUGAAAUGCAUUGAAAUGAAUGUUUGUGCUUUUUAGAGGUUAGUUCAUAAGUAGUUUACCUGCCCGUCAAUUAUUUUUCUAUACGAUUUUUAUAAAAUAUAAUCGUGAUAUUUACAUAAAA